AUGGGGGGGGGGGGGAGGGAGGGAGGGGGGGAGGGGGGGGGGAGGGGGGGGAGUGGGGGUGGGGGGAGGGGGGGGGGGGGGGGGGAGGUGGGGGGGGGGGGUGUGGGGUAUAUAUAUAUUAUAUAUGUGGGGGAUGGGGGGGGGGGGGGUGGGGGGGGGGGGGGGGGGGGAGGGGGGGGGGUGGGGGGGGUGGGGAGUGGGGGGCGGGGGGGGGGUGGUAUUGGAGUGGGGGUUGUAUGUGGGGGGUUGGGAUGGGGGGGGGUUGGGGGGGGGGGGAGGGGGGGUGAUUUGGGGAUGGUGUGGGGGGUGGGGGGGGGGGGUGGGGGUGGGAGGUGGGGGGGGGGGGGGGGGGGGGGGGGUGUGGGGUGGUUUGUUGGUGUGGGUUGGGGUUGGGGUGUGGGGGGGGAGGGGGGGGGUUGA